AUGACUCGUCCAGAAAUGCGUCAACUUCCUGUCGGUCCCAAUCGUCAACCGACCUCAAAACCCUAUCGUUAUUCUGGCAAUCAACUUCUCGCAUUCUGGAAUAAGCUAAUCAUAGUAGUCCGGAAACGAGUUCGUCUGGUCAAAUUCGGUUUCGAACAUCAUCUGGAACACUAUGCGAUUUGGGCUUUGGACAGAAUCGAGGUAGGCGGGGUCGGGGAGGAAGGCAGGGAGUGA